AUUCCUAGCUACAAUUAUGCACUCGCAUAGGUAAAUGCGUUAGUGACGGCGGCGGAAUUAUGAAUCUAUCGCUGUUAUAACUAUUGUCCGCUAUACCUGUACCCGGGAUUCCGUAGAGCCGCAUUCCGCCUCUGGUAACCUGCUCAAGAAGGUAGAUAAAUAGAGAAAGCUGCCAGGGUUAUAGAAACCAGACAUAGAAUCAGGCCUCUCUUCGCGGUGCUUGUGAUUGAACAUCGAUCCAUAAUUUCAACUAGGCCCUCAAUCAGCCCGGCAUGCCCACGCUUAUUUCAGAGCAAGCUGUGAAUAUAGUUGGGAGGAAACCUCCCCAAAGGUCUGCCCCAGUCGAUAAAAAAUCCGGGGCAACUCUCGAUGCUCAAAAGACUGGGGCUGAUGGAGUUCGGUAUAAAAACAAAAGUUUGACGCAUAGCUUCCCCGUUGGUAAAAUUUCCGAGAAGGUGUACACUUUGUACCUAUUUACCGCCAGCGACUUCGUCUCCGUCCUCGUACCGCAGACGCUUUUUGCAUUUUUUUCUUGUGGCUGUGGUCAUUUAUUUGCCAAUGGAAGUGCACCGCUGAUCUCUUCAUCACUCGCUCGUAUUCCAUCUGUUAUAACCUGGAUCUGGCUCCAACUUCUUGUCCUUGCCACAGCAAACCAGCGUCUACCAGACUCAAUCGUGGAAGAUAAACACAACAAGCCAUGGAGACCGAUUCCCGCCGGACGAAUUACAGUGGAAGGAACCCAAAAGCUCCUUCUUGCCAGCAUGUACACUACGUUGGCAUUCGCGUUUUAUAUGGGUAGCACACUCGAAACGCUGUUGCUUUUUGCGCUGAACUGGACUUAUAACGACCUGAAAAUGAGCGACAACCUCCUGAUGCGCAACUUUCUAAACGCGGCAGGUAUAACAACCAUUGGUGCCGGUGCUAUGCGCGUUGCCGCAGGGCCACAUUCUGAAUUUGACGAUAGGACCGUAGUUCACUGGUGUCUACUGUGCGCCAGUAUGAUCAUGACGACCAUUCAUGCACAGGACUUGUACGACCAGAUCGGCGACGCGGCGCGUGGAAGAGCCACAAUUCCGCUUGUAUAUGGCGACAGUACUGCCAGGUGGACUAUUGCCGUUGCUGUCUUAUUUUGGAGUAUCUUGAUUCCGUUGUGGAUGGGUCAGCACCCUGUCGAAAAUUGGCGUAGCUAUGUAAUGCCACUGAUGUUGGGAGGGGUUGUUGCCCUUCGUGUACUUCUGUUGAAGGAAGUUGCCGCUGAUAAAACCUCUUUUAAAACUUGGGUCUUAUGGAUUAUAUACUUAUAUGGGCUACCGAUGAUGAUUUAAUGCCUGAGAUUUCUCAGGUUAUUA